AUGUUCAAUCUUACUUGUGUGGAUGGCUUCAGGUACCCUGGCUUGGAAGAGGUCUACGUCACCGAUCUCAUACCGCUCACUCAAGGCCCCGCAACCAUUUCGUCAGAUCAAAAGUUGUGUCUGUUCAACCCUACAAGUCUGAGACCUGGUCCUAUACAGACAAUACAGACAAGCCAUGGAAACCUCACGUGUGCCAAAGCAUUCGAUCUGGGCGGCUCUGUCGUGGCCACUGCGGGCGAAGAUGGAAGUGUCUCCAUGUGGGAUCUCAGACAGGACGCGAAACAAGCAGAAGUUGCGCGCAUGACAGAUAACCAGGUACCAGUUCUUUCCCUUGCCUGCUCGAGCGGAAGCUUCUCCGUGGUGGCUGGUACCGAGCUCUCUCACAGCCAAUCUUCGAUUUUAAUAUGGGACGUCCGGUCAACACCGGCACCCCGUCAUAAAUACCAGGAAGUCCACAGCGAUGACAUCUGUGAACUCAACUUCCAUCCAAGUGACCCGAACAUCCUGCUGUCUGGAUCCACUGACGGUCUUGUCAAUGUCUACGACACCAGAAUCACAGACGAGGAUGAAGUUGUGAUUACAGCAUUCAACCACGACGCAUCCAUCCACCAUGCUGCGUUCCUCAACGAUACAGACGUGUUUGCUGUCUCACAUGAUGAGAAGUUUGCAGUAUAUAGCAUGACAGUGGACGAGGAGCAAGGCCCGGCCCUGAACAAGUUCGGAGAUGUACGAGAAGUUCUUGGCUGCCAAUACAUUGCAAACGUGUCGGCCAAGGCAAAUGGUGCUGGAGCUGUCAUCGGCGCAGGAACCCACGAACAGCAAAUGUUUGAGAUGGUGCACCUGACCAAAGGCGCUGAUGGAUGGGCCUUUGACAGGGCGAACGGUGUAGGUCUGCCAGGCGCUCAUUCGUCAGAGAUUGUUCGGGCCUUCUGCUUCUACGACGAGGCUCAAAUGGUCUUCAGUGUUGGCGAAGACGGGUAUAUAAAAUCCUGGAAGCCGAGCGCAUAA